UUAAAUAAGUCACAUGAUCUUUCACUUACAGGAAGAGAAACAAUAUAUUUCACAUUCAUCGCGAGUUGAAGCAAGGGAAGAGAAACAACGUAUUCCACAGUCAUCACGAAUUUAAGCUAUCAGCAAAUGAGAAGUGGAGACAGUGUUUAAGAUAAAUCCACAAUGGAUAACAACAAAGAAACCAAGCGAUCGUUUGAGUAUUUUCAACACAAUGGCAUCACAUUCAUUUCAUCGAUUCACUCAAUUGAACAACUUGAAUGGGUGAAAGAUUUCGAAAUGGAUCCAGAUCUUCCACUCAUCGUGACUUAUCCCAAAUCUGGAACUUAUUGGAUGCAGCAGAUUGCAAGUCAGAUUUUAAGCACUGGCAAUGAUGCUAACAGAAAAGGCAAGGAGCUCUAUCAUAAAGCCCCAUGGAUAGAGUAUUUUGGAUUCAAGCCAGGUUGGACUGACUAUCAGCUGUUGACAACACACUUGAACUACCACAUGGCUCCAAAUUGUGUGAAGAAUAAAAUGAUCAAGAUCAUUUAUGUUGCCAGAAAUCCCAAGGAUGUGAUUGUGUCAUCAUACCACUUUCACAAAUACAGUCAUUUCUUGAAGAAACCAAAGGAUUUUCAGGACUUUCUGGAGCAAUUUGUUGAAGGAAAUGUGUUUUAUGGAUCGUGGUUUCACCAUAUCAGAGACUGGUACAGCCAUAAAGAUGAACUCAACAUCUUGUUUGUGACAUAUGAGGAUAUGAAGAAAGAUCUCAGGAGUGUGAUAGAAAAAGUUGCAUCUUUUCUGAAUAAAAAGCUGGAUGGAGAAACCUUGGAAUCAAUUUUGGAACAUUGCACUUUUAAGUAUAUGAAGGAAAACCCUGAAACAAACUACCAUGAAGCAUCAGGGUUGUUCGAUGCUGACAAAGGCUCUUUUUAUAGGAAGGGGAUUACUGGAGACUGGAAGAAUCACUUUCUUGUGUCUCAGAAUGAGUGGUUUGAUUCCAUCUACAAGGAGAAGAUGGCGGACAUCCCAGUGACAUUUGACUAUGAUAUUGUUGAUUUGAUUUAUUUCCCAAACAAGCAGUAGAUUUAAAUGUUGACACCCACUUGAUUCCCCACACUUCCAUGUCUCUACUUCCCACAAAUACCUUUAGCAGUGCUCAUGCUGAUACUCUACACUUCAAAUAGCUCCUGAACUCACUUGCCUUCCACACCUUUGUCUAAACCUGGACAUCAGUUCCUUGAUGCUCUAAGCUGACUCCUCCACCCUAUGUACAAGUAAACCACACCCCACCAUGGCACCUUUAACUUCAACCGUUGUCUCGCUCUUCUGGUCUCCUCCUUAUUUUCUACCAGAACAUAUUUAUCCAAAUCAGUGCCAUACCUAUGUAACCAGCCUUUCCAAGUACAUUUGCAUGAGCAUUUUGGCUUUUGUCCUUGAUCCUGCACCUGUGAUUAUCAAUUUGCCUUUUAUUUCUCUCUUUAUAUAUUUUGGGACCUUCUCUUUUGUCUCAUUGUUUUCCUAUUACCCAGCCAUGCCUAUUUUCCUUUCACCCCUCACAGGUACUUUGCCUCACAAAUCCCUACCCCAACUUUUAGUUACAUUAAAUCUUAUUGCUUAAAAGAAAAAUAAUGUAGGUGUUACUGUAGAAUGCUUUUAAGUUAUGCAGGAAUGGUUGCUCAGUAGAUUUUAGAAUCCAAUGUUCCCUGCAAUGAGGUUGCUCACAAGGAUGGCAUCUCUGGAUAUCACUGGUGUACAGUCCAUGAUUUUGGGUGCAUUCAUUUUAAUGGCCUGUGCUUUCCUAAGGUGCAUUUUCAAUGAGUGCCACUCCUUAUUAGGAAUGUUGUAUCACAGAAUCACCCAAUCUGUUUUUGGGCCAGGUUUGAUAUUAUACUGAAAUAUAUUAACAAUUUCAACAAUAUUAUGCAUGUAGAAUAAUCUGUUACUAAUUCUAAAUUUGUCAUAUAUAUUGGAAGUCUUAUUUAAUGUUUAAUCUGGCAAAAUUUAUUUUUAGUCCUUGACCAUAAAAACUCACCUACUGCCAUAUUAUGCUUGACUCUCUCUUGGAUAAGCUCACAGCUUCUCAGUAUGUAUUUGAGACACUUGCUGCUACCUCCUUAUGAGUAGCAAUCUCAAAUGCCCUGUUAAGGGGAAGAAAGUAGUAUUGCAUAAUAACGGAAUGAAUUACUUAAAUUAGAAUCUACAGGCAGGCUAGCGCAAACCAGUACAUCAACAGUUAAACCAGAUGAACCUUCUACACUCUCAGACUUUGUACACCCUCAGGGUUUGCAAUCACCAGCAAGGUCCUGGGAGUUAGACUGGAGCCUUAGUUUAGAAAACAAGUAAGAUUAAGUGUGCCCUUCAACAAAUAUGGGAAGGACAGAUGGUCCCAGCUUAGAUAGGAGGGAAGGCCUCGGCCUGGGUGAAAAUAGGGACAUACGAUGCAUGUACCAGAGAUGUCUGUUUAAUGUAAACCUAUAUGUUGAUGAGAUCAGAAUCUGAAGAAUGUUCUUGUACGCGACUAAUAAUGUAUAAAUAUGGUGAAGACUUGUAAUUUAGCAGAGUGCUGUCUCAAGCUGUCUUGAGAUGGUUCUCUCCUUGCAAUUGCUUGAAUAAACGAUUGUGACCUGUA